AUGGAAAAAUUUUCUGUACAAAUACUCAAAGAAGAAUCCGAAAAAUCCCAAAAUUAUCAGCCACAUAUGAUUUCAGAUGACUUUUGCGGCUGGGAUGGUAAACCAAUGGCCUUGCCUAACAUUAAAUUAAAAAGCCCAUAUAGAAGAUCUAGUUUAUAUGAAAAAUUGAAGUUGGACUCUCUUGCAAUAGCCCAGCAGAAUCUGCCUCAUCCAAAAACAGUAAAACAAAAAGCCAAGCCACGUGUAGAUACAGUUAUAACUUAUAGCAUACCUACAAGCAUAAAAAUACUCAAAGCUAAACAAACGCCUAAACAUCUUCGAAAUUAUUCGCAAAACGUAAAUUCAAAUAGAGAAAGUCCUAUAAGUCCAAGAAUAACUGUUAUCAAAUAUGAAGACUCUGGCGCCGAUGCAUCAACCAGUAGAAGAUUUUCAAAUACUUCUCACAGAGAUCGUAAUGAAAUAAGGAAAAUCCCAUUAAAAAUCCGAAAUUUCCAUCAUGUAGAAAAAGAAAUAAAUACGCCAUAUAAAAUUAAGCCAAGCCAGCAGGUAAUCUCAGAGCUCCGAUAUUUUAUGAAUGAAAGCACAGUAACCUCGCCAAGAUCCGCACCUCGAUCACCGAUAUCAUUAAAAUCUGAAUUUUUGAAAUUUGCAAAUAUUUCGCAUAAAUAAAAUGGCAUUCGGUUCGAGAGAAAUUAGCUUUGCUAAUUUUCUCUCCCUCAUGGAAUUUUAUUUAUGGGGUUAGGUUUCUCUCGAGAACUUCUGCGCAGCAAUAGAACGUUUAACUCUGGGGGAUAACCAGAGGAACGCCUCCUCAGCGCAUCAAGAGGCUCAGAGUUUUACCUCUCAGCACAUCCCCACGGGAGGAUGACCCUUAGGCGGAGCACGCGCAGGAGCUGAGUCAGGGCGAGGCAUCGGCAACGCGCCGGGUGAGAAGUGCAGCAAAACUGGCGACGAAGCUUUGAUAGAAGGCUUGGGCCUGGGCUGACCAAGUUAAUCCAAGAUGGCUCGGUAACAUCACAAGUUUUUGCCAAAAGCCCUUUUUUAUAGGGGCUGCGUCACCGGACACCUAAAGACUGAAUUUAUUAAGUAAGUAAGUAAGUAAGUAAGUAAGUAAGUAAGUAAGUAAGUAAGUAAGUAAGUAAGUAAGUAAGUAAGUAAGUAAGUAAGUAAGUAAGUAAGUAAGUAAGUAAGUAAGUAAGUAAGUAAGUAAGCAAGUAAGCAAAUAUUUCGCAGACACUUGAAGAAUUUUUGGCUAAAACAAAGCUAAGUAACGAUCGAUCUAAGACACCUUUAAAUAAACCAAGAAAUUUGUUUAAUCUCCACCCUUUCCUUUAAUUAGAGAAAACAUCGGUAAAAUUUCCAUUUUUUAGAUGCCUUAAACUGGAACAGUUUUUAUAGAUGAAAAAUAGGUAUUUUAUAAAAUAAGUUUUAAUCUAAUUUAAUGGAAAAAAAUACAAGUAGAAUCUAAUAAUUUAUAUAUAUAAUUAAAAUUUUAAAUAUAUUGAUAUUUUUUUCACUUUUCAAAUUUCAAUAAAAAUUUUUUUAUAUUAAAACAUUUAAUACAAUUUUUUUCAAAAAAAAAUAACCCCUUAAACUUGAACAGGAUUUUUUGUUCAAUUUAAAGGGGGAGUUAAUUAA